AUGAUCAGAAAACGUAAAGUUAUUUGUACACAUUCCACAGGAUCAUCUCCGACAACAAGCAGUGUUUCAGCAAUCACAGCUACUUUGUUACGAAGUGUUCCUACAUCAUCUUCUAAUGGAAAUAAAACAUCCCAAACAACACUCACUUCUGUACAGGUAUUACCAGUCACAAACAACAGCACCUCUACUACAGGGACGACCCAUUCACUUCCACUGAUUUCCAAAGCUGCAGCAUCCAAGUUGACUCCGACGACUAUCGGUCCAACCGCUAACAUAACUGAACAUUUCAGAAGGAAUGACACACACCCAGAAAGCACAUCUCAGAAUACAACACAAAGUAGCAGCUCUGGGAACACAGACCUUGUGCUGGAUACUCCCUCUUACACCGGUAUUAUUUUGCCAGUCAUCAUUGCUUUGAUAGCAAUAACCCUCUCAGUAUGCAUCCUGGUAGCUUUGUACAGAAUCUGCUGGAAGACAACACCAGAGAGGCAAGAGAAUGAAACUGAACACACUUCAUUAGAUAAAGAGAAUGUGAAAUUAAUUUCUGUUAAGACAACUUCUCCAGAGUCUGGAGAACACUCAUCUCAGGGGAAGAAUAAAACUCGGCAGCAUGAUGAUUCCUCUUCACAUUUGGGCAACAAAUGAGUGUGAAGAAUUCCUAUUUCAUGGUUUCUUGCUGGAUUCACUCAACAAAGCAGACAUUCCCCCUGGAACACUGUGGAUCAACAGACAAAUAAAAUAUGCACAUUUAACUACUGUAUAACGUGUUACUCUGAACUGGCUCUUUCUCAUGUCUAUGCCUGCUGUUUUCCGUUGGAAAGCCUCUUUUUCUUUUUGUCUCUGAUGUCACUGGUGUAUAGUAUAUAUUUAUUG